UCAGUGCAGAUGUGUGACGUUGUAAAUGAAAUUGAAGUUGAAAGAGAAAGAUGCGAAGCACAGAUGGAAAACGUCACUUCUGGUUGUAAAGGAAUGUGGGACAUCAUCACCUGUUGGCCCUCAGCCAGGGUUGGAGAAGUGGUGACAAUAUCAUGUCCAAACUACUUCAGUUACUUCAAUGACCAGCAUAAGGGUAAUCUUUCAAAGACGUGCACCGCUGAUGGCUGGACAGAGAUGCUACCCAUCACAAUUGCUGUGAAUUGUGGGUAUAAUCUCAAUAACACCAUUGAUGAUGGUAAAUUCUUUUGGACUGUGAAGAUUGGCUACACGAUUGGCCACAGUGUCUCGCUCAUCUCCCUCACAACAGCCAUAAUCAUACUGUGUAUCUUUAGGAAACUGCACUGUACGAGAAACUACAUUCACAUGCAUCUCUUUCUGUCAUUCAUCCUGAAAGCCAUCGCCGUGUUCAUUAAGGAUGUGGUUCUGUAUGAUGUUGAGGAGUCAGACAACUGUUCCUCGGGGUCGGUUGGCUGCAAAGCAGUAAUCGUCUUUUUCCAGUACUGCAUCAUGGCCAGCUUCUUCUGGCUCUUGGCAGAAGGCUUGUAUCUCCAUGCUCUGCUUACCAUUUCCUUCUUUGAAAGGAAAUAUUUCUGGUGUUACAUACUGAUAGGUUGGGGAGGACCGACGAUUUUUAUAACAGCGUGGAGCAUUACAAAAGCCUAUUUUAAUGAUGUGGGAUGCUGGGAUAUCAUUGAAAUAUCUGACCCAUUCUGGUGGAUCAUCAAAACACCAAUUUUAGCAUCAAUACUGAUGAACUUUAUUCUCUUCAUUUGCAUCAUUCGGAUACUACGUCAAAAGAUAAACUAUCCAGAUAUAGGAAGGAAUGAAUCCAACCAAUAUUCGAGGUUGGCAAAAUCGACAUUGCUGUUGAUUCCUCUCUUUGGAAUAAACUACAUUAUAUUUGCCUUCAUUCCCGAUCACAUGAAAACAGAACUAAGGCUGGUGUUUGACCUUAUUCUGGGGUCAUUCCAGGGUUUUGUUGUUGCUGUUUUGUACUGUUUCCUAAACGGAGAGGUGCAGGCUGAAAUCAAGCGGAAAUGGAGGAGGUGGCAUCUGGAGAGGUUCCUGGGUGCUGAUACGAAGUACCAGCACCCCUCCAUAGGCAGCAAUGGGAACAACUUCAGCACCCAAAUCUCCAUGCUGACCAGGAGCAGCCCUAAGAACCGUCGCACGUCUGCCUGCCAGAACGACUCCGUACUCUGA